AUGCAGGACGCAAGUACUGUAAUCGAACUGACUACCCCCUCGCUCUCUUCCAGGUUCCGACUGCGCACCUCUGGUGAUGCUGAGGCCGCUGCAGAUGGAUAUGCUGGGGUGGGUAUUGUAUUGAGCGAACGAGCGGAAGCGUCUCUGCUUGAUUGGAUACCCGUAAACAGUCGCCUCUGUGCGGUUCGUUUGGCAACAUCGGUGAGAGAAUCUAGAGGAAGUGAGGUUCAUCGCACCUUGUUUAUUGUUUCUGCUUACGCCCCAACUGACUGUAGCUCUGAAUCUGCCAAGGACAGUUUCUAUGACGCUCUAGGUGUUUGUCUGAGUGAUGCUGAAAUGUCGGCAAGACCGACUGACUUGUUCAGCUGUCGCACCCUUUCGGUGCCUAACUGCCACGCCACCCAAAGGUUGGACGAGGGCUGGGAUACUGCCAAGUUGCCCAAACCUAGACAGGGGAAGUCCAGAGGCGGAGGUCGGAUUCGAACCACCGACCUUCCGAUCAUAAUUCACAAGGAGGUUGACAAGUACUCAUCAGGACACAUCACGCUGAUUGCGGAGAACGAGGAGGAUAUGUGGUUAACCUAUAACUUGGUCCAGAUCGGCGACCAGCUGCGGUGCUCCACAGUUCGGAAAGUUCAAAACGAGUCAGCCACUGGAAGCGUUCAGACGAAGCAAGUGAGGACAAACUUAACUAUCAAUGUGGAGAAAAUUGAUUUCGACCUCCAGGGUUCCGUCUUGCACCUGAAGGGCCGCAAUGUUGCCGAGAACCAGUUUGUCAAAAUGGGAGCUUAUCACACUUUGGACUUGACGCUGGACGAGAAAUUCACCAUUUUCAAAAGCGAAUGGGAUAGUAUAGCCUUGAUGUUGGUCGAACAGGCUGCAGACCCAACACAACAUGCGGACCUGGCUGCCGUAAUCAUGCACGAGGGUUUAGCCUACGUCUGUCUGGUGACCAGUACAACGACAAUUGUGCGGGCCAAAAUCGAAAUCAACAUUCCUCGAAAGCGUCCUGGCCUCCCUACAACGCAACAUGAAAAGGGGAUGACACGCUUUUUUGAGCAAAUAAUGCAGGCACUAGAACGCCAUGUACGCUUUGAUAUCGUCAAAUGUGUCAUUCUUGCCAGCCCUGGUUUCGUCCGCGAGCAGUUCUUCGAUUACCUGAUGCAAACAUCGACCAAACAAGACAAACGCGUGUUUCUCGAGAACAAGGGCAAGUUCGUCCUAGUACACUCCUCCUCUGGCCACAAGCAUGCAUUGAAAGAGGUUCUCAUGGACAGCAGUAUACAGAGUAAACUGGCCAAUACGAAAGCUGCUGCUGAAGUGAAUGCAUUGAACGACUUCUAUCAAAUGCUAAAGGUUGAUCAAUCCCGGGCAUUCUAUGGCUACAAACAUGUCAAAGCUGCUUCCGAUGCAUUGGCCAUCGACACACUCCUGGUAUCUGACGCCUUAUUUCGCUCACGUGAUUUGGAAGAACGGCGACGUUACGUGAACCUGGUGGAUACGGUCAAAGAAGACCAAGGAACUGUAAGAAUUUUUUCCAGCCUUCACGUGUCUGGUGAACAAUUGAACCAGCUGUCGGGGGUUGCUGCCAUCCUCCGAUUUCCAAUACCAGAACCAAAUUCAGACGAAGACUCCGACAGUUCAACCGAGAACGGUGUAGGCGACAGUUGAUAUCACCGGCUGUUUCACUUCAUACAAAUCAAAGAGUCAGAUGGUAGAUUUCUUUUAGAAACGAUGUUCUACUGGUACAUUGUUGAUGAGUCUGGUUAACGAAUUUAUUUUUGUGCUUCUCCUUCCCAAACCUUCCUGUUGAACCGUUACAAGGCCAUUCAGGAACCGAUUCACACAUCACUGAACGAAUGUACGUGACUUAUUGGAUAUGUCAGCCCUUCCUUUUCGGGUCAAACCACUGUAUACAUUGUUUGGAGGCACUAAAUGCUUUUUCAAGGAAUGUACCGCAUUGUUCUUCACCCUGAGCAUCAGUUGAGUCCACUCAUACUGAUUGCCUUAUUGAUCAGCAUGCAGUAGAUCUGUCCCCAUUCGUACAAUUGAUUGCUUAGUAUUUGUGAACAAAUCUGUAGAUUUGAAGAACGUCAAAACAACCUCUUGUUUUCUCACCGCG